AUGGCGAGGAUCAAACCUCAGGCUCUCUUACAACAGAGUAAAAAAAAGAAGGGACCGAGUCGAAUCAGUUAUGUUACGAUUGGGAUCUACGGUCUGAUUGUUGUUGUCAUGGUGAUUUUCCUUUUUGCUUCAUACAGACACUGGAAUAGAAGGUCAAAUUUUCAGACCGGUGAUAUGAUAUCAAGUGUAGAGCAUGAUAGUUUACGUGUUGACUCGAAGAAAGUUGAUAUUCCCAAGUAUGCUGUGAUAAAAACAUCAAAAGGCUCAAUAACCGUGGAACUUUACAAGGAAGGUUCUCCAGAAGUUGUUAAUGAUUUUGUUGAGUCAUGUCAGAAGGGGCGAUUCAAAGGAAUGCUUUUUAACCGUGUAAUAAAGAACUUUGUCAUCCAAGGAGGUGAUGUUAAUAAACCCGAAAGUACAGAAGAUUGGACCUCAAGGGGAAAGCAUUAUAACCAACUCGAUACAAGCCUGAAACAUGAAGCCUUUAUGCUGGGUACCUCCAAGACGAAACAUGAUGGUGGAGGAUUCGAUAUUUUUAUCACCACAGCACCAAUCCCGGAUCUAAAUGAAAAAAUUAACGUAUUUGGACGUGUUAUUAAGGGUGAAGAUGUUGUUCAGGAAAUUGAAGAGGCUGACACGGACGAACAUUACCGGCCUAAAGCUCCUAUAGGAAUAGAAGAAGUGAUCUUAAAACAGAAGCUCUGA